UUCCAUAAUUCGUUGUUUAUUUACAUAUUGACUAUCUUAUAAGUAAGAAAACAUUAACAAUGGGUGAUAAUCACUUAAUAACGUCCAUCUUUACGGAGUUUCAAAAAACUCUUGACGAGGAGCAAGAAUUGCGAGAGGUUAUCCGCACAGUAUGUAAGGAGGUGGACCAAAUCUCGCGCGAAGCGGUCACAAUACUGCAGGUCAUUCACCACAGUGAGGACGGAACUGCUCCGGCCUGCCAGCGCGCUCGCGAGCUGUUUGAGAAGGCCCGCGCCGGCUACGCCAAGCUGCGGGAGACGGUGCCGGCUACAGAUUACUACAAAUACCACGACCAUUGGCGCUUCAUGACCCAACGAUACUGCUUCCUCAUAUCCCUGACCAUAUGGCUGGAAAAAGGCAUCCUGGCCACACACGAGACAGUGGCUGACGUACUCGGCAUCAGCGCAGUGGAGGAGAAAGAAGGAUUCCAUCUGGAUGUUGAAGAUUACCUGGUUGGUCUACUGCAGAUGUGCACUGAACUGUCGCGGCUGGCGGUGAACGCGGUGACCCGCGGCGACUACGCGCGCCCGCUGCAGAUUUCCAAGUUCGUGAUGGAACUCAACGCCGGCUUUAGACUCCUGAAUCUAAAGAACGACCAUCUCCGCAAGCGGUUCGACGCUCUCAAAUACGACGUGAAAAAGAUCGAGGAGGUCGUAUAUGACCUCAGCAUAAGGGGUCUGCUGCCGCGGCCGGACCCUGUCGCUGUUUAAACAAAAAAACAAAAGCUGCCUCUCCUGUCACUAAAAUUCGCUUUUACAACCAUACACACCGGUUAAGGCUGAAACCAAGGUUCGGAAACCGGUUAAAUUUCCAAACCGUUGUCAUGUACUUGGCGCAAAACCUUUUCAUUUCGGUUCCGUUCGUAAAACCGUUAUUUAGAAACCGGUUUUUAGAACAU